AUGGCUGAGGAAGAACGAGCAAGUGGGAUAUCCCCUGAGAUGACAGAAACAGACAAGUUACUGGAACAGAUAGUGGAACAGUUUGAGGAAAGUGAAAGAGACGCCGGAGAACAGUCAAAGAAGAAUGACCAAAAUAAGGAGAAUGAAAGGAAAAAGGCAGAAGAGAUGAGAAACAGGUCGAUGGAGAAGCUGGGGGAGACUCAGAAAAGAAAGGCAACAGCUGAGGAUGGGCAACAAACAACACCGAGAAAGAGAUCAUCAGGAUCAGAAACCCUCGUGUAUUUGAGGGAAAAGGCAGAACGGGAGUUUGAGCUAAGACAAGAGGAAUUAGAAGUAAAAAAGAAAGAACAAUCUGUACAACUUCAGAUGUUCCAGUAUAUGCAACAGCAACUGCAGCAACAGCAACAACAACAACAACAGCAAAUGCAAGUUCAAAUUCAGCAGCAGUAA